UAUCAACCAUUGAAGCAACAAUGCCUGAACCAGCGAAGCCAGCGCCUAAGAAGGGAUCCAAGAAAGCCGUCACCAAGACGGCUGCAAAGGGAGGCAAGAAGCGCAGAAAGACAAGGAAGGAGAGCUAUGCCAUCUACGUGUACAAGGUGUUGAAGCAGGUCCACCCCGAUACCGGUAUCUCCUCUAAGGCGAUGGGCAUCAUGAACUCUUUCGUGAACGACAUCUUCGAGCGCAUCGCCGGGGAGUCUUCCCGCCUGGCUCACUACAACAAGAGGUCCACCAUCACCUCCAGGGAGAUCCAGACCGCAGUGCGUCUGCUUCUGCCCGGUGAACUGGCCAAGCACGCCGUGUCCGAGGGAACCAAGGCCGUCACCAAGUACACCAGCUCGAAGUAAAGCUGACCCUUUAUUGACACUCAACGGCUCUUUUAAGAGCCACCCACGUUCUCUGUUAAAAGCUUCCCAUCUGCCAAUUAUAUGUUUUGAUCAGAUGUCUUCACGGGAGUGAACAUAUACAUCUUAAGGAUUCACUACCGCAGGGUCGACUUAAGACUAUAGCCUGCAUGGAGAAAACCAAAAACAAUUCCUAGUAUCUGUAUACAUGGCGAAAUAAAGUUGAAUUGAAUUGAAUUCAGUGUGACCGAUUGUUGGUACACUACAUAUAUAUCUUUACUGUGUGAUGUCAAGCUUGGCCAAAAAAAAUCUAGAGCGACGAAUGUGUACUACAUGAUCCUCGUCACUGUUGAGCAUACAUGUCUCAAGACAACAUGGCGUAACACUAUAGUGAGAAACAACCUAUUACUUAUAACUAUUCAUCUCUGUUAAAGUGUUUGAAUCUAUUUUUGUGUGUGUCAGUUAACCUGCAUAUGUUUCCGUGAGAUUAGUUCGUCUAACGUGAGCACUACAUUUCCCUCGGGAUAAAUAAAGUGUCCAUCCACUAAUAGUGUGCUUAAAUAGGUUUUUGUCAGAUGCUUCUGUAAAACUAAAUCAUUUUAAGAGUAAAAACAAACCUAUUAUUGAACCAGUGCAGGUCGCACAGUCAACACACAUAAUAAAGAAUAAUGUAAGGAGUUAGAGAAUUCUGCCUGAAUAGUGUGGUUUUAAAACAAUUACCUGUUGGUCUAUCUGGUGUGUAGAGAUGUACAGAACAAAAUAAUCUCAACAUAUACAAGCUGCAUUGUUAUGUCUACAAAUCAGUAUCAUUACAAUAAUAAAAUAUACACCAUCUUCACUC